AUGAAUUCAAAUGAGACACUCGUAGAAUAAGAGAAAUAGAUUCUUGAAAAUACAGAAAACAUAGACACCACCAAUACUGAACAAUUACUUGAUUUCACAACUAUGUUUAAGAAUCAAUAAGCUACUAAACCUAAAUUGCUAAAUAGAUAAUAAUAAUAAUAAACCUAAUCUACAGAUGAGUUAACUCAUAAAUAACUUCAAAAUACUGUUCCAAGAAAUCUCACUAUUACUUAAGAACUAAUGAGUUAAAGAAGAUGUUUAGAUGUUCGUAGAUGGUAUAGUUUGAGUAGACCAUAAUACAAGAAAAGUUGCGGUAUUUCAUCUGUUGUUACUUGCUGGAAUUACCUAUUUUCUACUUUAGGAGUAGGAACCUUAAAUCCACUUUCUUAAGAGGAAGUAAUUGUCUCUUUGGGUCCUGAAGUAGGACCACACUUUAAUGAAGUAGAAUUCGGGAGCUUUAGUGGAAAUAUGUCUUUAAUAUCUUGGUUUAAGAAUUUAUGUAGAUUAUAAAAAGUAUAAGGAAGAGCUUAUUUUCUAUGGAAAAAUGAAGGAGAUUUUUCGACUCCAGGAGUUGAUAGAGAUGUAGCUCUCUCGAAAUUAACCUCUGGAUUAAAGUCUGAUAAAAUCUCCUACAUUUAUCAUGCUUAUAAUCAUUAUUUCUGUCCUAUUGGAUUUGAAUGCACACCUAAUAAAUAAGUAGAAGCCUUUGCUGAUGAAAUAGAUUAAAAUGAUUGCCAGUAUUGGAUUAUUAUAGCAGAACCUGCUAAACCUUACCCAAUGUUCACAGUCAGAAAGUGGGUAGAUAUUGCUUAAGAUUUGGAAUUAAAAUACCCUCAAUACAUGAAAAUUAGAAAAAUGAAUGAAGGAAUAAAAAGAUAUAAAAAUGAAAAAGGAGUUAGUUAACAUUGUAUUAUGGCAUUUGAAAGAAUUGAUCCUAAACCAAAAAAAAUGAUAGAGAAAAAAGAGAAACCUAUUACAAAUGAAGCAUUAUAAACAAUAAAAAAGAAUAAUUUGGUUGAUUAACAAGUAGAGUAAAUAUCUGCCAAUAAUACUAUUCCCUAAAGUCUUGUUAGCGAUGAUAAUUUGAAAUAAAAUGAAUAAUAAUGA